UAAACAAGACCAAUAUUGCCAUCCCUUCGACCUUAUUCUUGUCUAAUUCCUUCAUUUAUGCAAUAUCCUCAUUUAUACAAGAGCAUUUUGAUUUCUUUGCUUAGCAUUUCAGCGUCAUCGUCGUGAUAUCACAAAAUCCAGACAUUUUCUGUGCCACAUCAACAAGCAAGCAACCAAUACAACUACUACCGUACCAACAGCUGGUUUAUUUACAUCGGCGCUUUUAAACAAUCUAUACAUAUACCAUCAGUUGCAGAUUCCUUUCACCUUUCACUAAGAAUCACUUCUUGAUACCUUUCAAGUCUGUCCUAUCUUCCCAGAACCGGGUUUGAAGUAGAUUUUGAGCAUUGGAUUGAACGACGUUCACCUUACCGACCAACCUUGAAGGUUCUUUUUUUGUUUGCGAAGAUGGCUUCCGCUACGAUGAGACCAAGUACACCACCACCUUCCAGUUCCCUCAAAACUCCAUCAACACCACGAUUCGGUUACGAUGAUAAUUACGAACCGUAUUCACCCAGAAAAUCAAGUCGAGUAGCCUCAAGGGCAAUUCGUAACGCGGUUACUCCACCACCUCCAUCUAUUAAACAUAAUAUUCGCAACAGUCUUUCUACUCCGCAAUCAACACCUCGAGUCGCCAGAAAAGUUGUCUUCUCUGGUACACCUCAACAUAUUCACUCGUCGCCGCCUAAAUCUCCUCAAAUUGCGACUAAACGACGCGCACCUAAAUCGUCUACCACAAUUGCCGGCCGACAAGUUUCUGGCGCAUUAAAUCUCGGCAGCACAACAUCCGCAGCUACAGCUCUCGGUCUCACUCCUAAAGAUAAGAAAAAGGAGCAAAAAAUGGACAACCAUCAACGAUCUGGUGCGAUGGUUCGCGGCGACGGUAUGCUGCCAACACCUUCUAAAACCCCACGCCAUCCCAAACAAACGGAGGAAUUGAAGCAAGGAAUUAAUGCGGUUUCACGUACUCUUUUUACCUCGAUCCAUGCCGACAAUUCUGCGGAUGCGAUGCCAAAACCCAAGAAGAAUCGCAAGAGAUACGAUAAUUUUGACUUUGGAAGCUCAUCUGCAGAUGAACCAAUUGCUAUAUUCACCGACUCUGAAGACCGCAUUCCAGAGGUUGACAGCCAUGUCGAUAAUCCUUUUCUUGGUAGUAGCCCUCCACAAAAUACUAGAGGCAGAAGCCGCAAACCCAAGUUGAUUCACGUUCCAGGAGAGGAGGAUCAAACUAUGGAGCAGCUCAUGGGUCGUGAGGAUGGACAUGUUUCUAAUUUCCGUGGUAAACUUAUUUUCAAGAAGAAUUCAAACGCCUCCGCAAGUCACAGUCCAACCCGAGGUGCAGGUCGUGCUGAAGUUAUGAUUCUCGACCAAAGCUUUGCAGGCGAAUUUAAUGGACCUGUUACUCGUUCAUGCAGACGUCAAUUGUUCACCAACAAUCGCAGAGCUCCCGUCAUUCCACAAGUCCAAGUCACCACCGAAGACGAAGAGGAAGCUUUGACUGAUAUCGAGGAGAAAUUCGACACCGAUGCGACAGAGAGUGAUGCUGGACUACGCACUCCAUCCCACAUCCAAGGUCUUAUGACGCCGGAUGCACCAAGAUUUGGACCAUCAUCUUCACCAACUAUCAAAAGAGCUACACGUGCUACAAAGAGAUAUGAUGUUGUCGAUUCGCCAGUAACUCCUCCACGCCGUGGCCGCUCCCACGUUACUAGCCCAUCCAAGUCCUCUGGAAGUGACAACAACUUCGAACGCGCAACCAGAAAGCGAGACGGAGAAUCUGUUUCAAGACCUACCGAGGAAGUGAAGAGAGCACGCAACUAAGAUUCUCUUAGAAUUCUGGUUAUUACUUUUUUAUUUGUUUAAGGGAUAUUGGAACGAAGAUUGAAUGCAUAUUGGUGAACGCAUGGGACGGGACUGGGUGGGAGUUUUUCACAGAGAUUCUCGAGAUAUCCUCUCAUGAACUUUCUUUGAUUGCAGGAACCUGCAGUGUUUAUUUCUUUUAAUCACCUACUUGAUGCUUUUUACUUCUUAACGGUCAUUCCUGCAUGAUUUGAUGGGUUCUUCGAGGCCAUCGCACAUAGCAGAAUUUGGACCCCUUCCCGCGCACCUUUUUUGUAAAAUACCAGGCAAUGGCGUUUUCAGUUUUUAGGCAUAGCGAGAAUUGGCCUACUACUGUACCUAACGAGAUAAAAUGAUGAUCAAGCACAUUCUUAAACGU